CCCCACCCCCACUCCCAGCCACCCACCCACUCCACCAACGCCCACUCCACAAUGAUGCGCGCCUUGCACACAUGCCGCAUGGUGAUGCGACCGCAGAGUCUGCGGGUGGUGGCUGCUAUGGCCGGGAAACAGAGCACAGCGAGGAAGACAAGCGAGGCCGGGCGGUUGGUGCAGGCACGGGCCACGCAGCUGGCAGUGGCCGGUGCUACCACGCCCGGAGCAGCGAGAGUCUUCUCGGCAGCUGCGGCGGCAGAGGCCAAGGGCAGUGCCGGGACGACGGGAUCGCUGUGGAAGGACUUUGUCAACAAGGUCAAGUCCGGGCUGGCCGAGGACAAGGAGCUUCAGAAGAACCUCGAGGCGCUGGAUGCCGAGAAGAAGCGGCUGGCCGAGAAGAAGUCGCUCAAGAAGGCGGCGGCGACGGCCGAGAAGCUCAAGAGCUCGUCAAUGGCCAAGGGUGAGGUGAUCAAGGACAAGUUCUCCGACUUUACGGCCGGCUCGUCCAAGUCGAUUGCGGCGGCGGCGGCCAAGGCCAAAGGCGCAGUGUCCAAGGCGUCCGAGUCGUCGGUGGCCAAGUCGGUGACGUCAAAGGUGACCAAGGUCUCUUCGAGUGUGGCCGGCUCGGUCUCGUCGCAGGCCAAGACGGCCGCCAGCUCCGAGACGGCGUCCAAGGUGGCUGAAAAGACCCGCAAGAUGGCCGAAAAAGGCCAGGCGUUUGCCCGCGACUACAUCCUCGAUCCGCGCUACGAGGCCGAGCUGUCCGAGACCCACUCGCGGGCCGACGCCAAGCCCGGCGUCAAGGGCACCGCCGUCGGCCUCGCUGAGCUUGGUAUCGAGUCACCGACCGAGGCCCUGCUCAACCGCUACCGCGACAACAAGAUUGUCAAGUCGGCUCUCGCCCUCACCGAGACCGUUCGCGAGAGCGACAACCCGGCCCUGGUCUCGGCCCGCGGCGCCUACUACUCGGUGGCCGACAAGCUCUCGCAGCUCUCGGACCGCCUGUUCCCGGAGACCGAGGCCGCCAUGUGCUACUCGGAGAUCCGCCGCCUCGACCCCGGCUUUGACGAGUACGCUCUGCAAGCGCGACUGGAAAAGUACACCCUGCCCGAGGUCAUGGAGGCUCUUGGCCGCCACGACCUUGCCGAGCUCAAGAACCUGGUCUCGCCCAAGUUCUUCACCGUCCUCGAGGGCACGCUCCCGCCGGCCUCGGCGUCGCGCCGCUACGACACCCACAUCCUUCACAUCUCGCCGCUCGAGAUGAUCGCCAUCAAGCCCAUCGAGAAGGAGCCGACCCUCUUCUACUCCUUCACCGUCCAGCAGGUUCAGGUCGUCCGCGACGCUGCAGGCAACGUCAUCGAGGGUGACCCCGACUCGAUCCAGAACGUCCAGUACAUCUGGUCUGUCCAGCGCGACGCCUCGGACCCGUCCGUUUGGCAGCUGGUCGGCCUUGAGGCCCUUGAUCCGGAGGAGGCUCUCUUUUAAAGGUCACACACACGCACA